AUUUGAUUGCAAACCAAAUAUCUCCCAUGUUCUUUUGUGAGCCACAUACUCUUUUAGCAUGUUUAGGGUCUCCUAAUACACUCCCCCUACACCCCAUUCGAACCCCCAAAGAGAUAAGAGAGCAAGGGAAUCCACACAACCCAAGAGAGAAGGAAGGAGGAGAGCAGUCCGCAGGUUCGUUCUCCAGUGCGUAGCUCUGAUUGUUUGAGCCAUAACUUGAGAUUUACUCAUCCAAAUAAGGCGUGCGAGAUACCAACAGAAAGCUCUCAAGACGAGGAAUCCGUGAAGGUCUGGUUUGCAUCAAUCGGAGUAGCGGAAGGCUUCCAAAUCGACCGAGCAAAACACGACCUCGCAGGAUACGUUUUUUGUAUUCAAAGUUAGGGAACGAUUUCAUCGGGAAACACCCGUUCUAGGGACUGUUUUUGUGUCUUCGGUUAGGAGUUGAACUAGCACUUUGAAGAGGCUGUUUAACACUCAAUUCCAAGCAAGGAAUCAGUUCUCAAUCUUCCUUGGCCGGGGCUUUGGUCAUUGGAUCGAGAAGGAAAGUCUUAAAGCUCAUUUGAGGUUGAGGCUAGAGCUUGCAUCCUGUGCUCGUUGAUCGAGUGAUCCCUCGGAGAGAAGACUUGAAAUGGACCGUGGUGGCAGGAUUACUAGGAGGAACCCGACCGGUCGUGUACCAGUGGAGACUGGAUAGGGCAGUCGAAGGACCUCUAGGGCAUCUAGAGGAGCUGGCCGUGGAGGCCGAUCACAGACCGUGAGUGACGGUCAUGUCGACACAGAAAGUGAAACCUACUGGUCCUAUGAGGACUCGACUUACCAACCGGAAACCGAGCCGGUUGAGACCCCUUACGAAGGGGAUGACGAUGAUGUGAGUGAUGAAGAAGGGGAGAACGACUCCCUAGCAAGGAUUGAGGCGCUGCUCCAGCAAUAUCAGCGGGAGCGCGAGGAAAGGAGGGAACGCCGAAGGCGCCGAGGAGGGCGAACUUCGGGUGGGGCUUCAAGAGGAAGAAGCCAUGGCGACUCUAGGGCCCACAUUGAACCACAUGGGGGCCGGGGUGAUGGAGGUCCGAUCAUAAGGAUCUCCAAAUACCUCAAAGAGGCACGAGACUUGGGGUGCAAACCCUUCAAUGGAGCAGGUGACAUCUCGGUCGCCGCGGAAUGGAUCAAGAGGUUGAACGAAGCAGCCCUUGAUAUGCAACUCACCCCCGAAUUCAAGCUAAGGGUGGCGGUAAGAUUGCUUGAAGGGAUGGCAUCCACAUGGUGGGACGGAGCUAAGGGGAAGUAUGGCAAUGUUGUGACUUGGGAGAAUUUCCGGCAGGAGUUCUUUGCCUAGUACUAUUCUGAUUUUGAGGUGAACGCUAAGAGAAGGGAGUAUACCCUCCUGACCCAAGGUGGCAAAAUGACGGUGAGGCAACUUGAGCACAAAUUCAGGGAGCUCGCGGAGUUCAUACCGGAGUAUGUCUGUGACGAGAACCGGAUGGUGAACCACUUCUGGGAUGCUCUGGACUUGGAAAUACGUGAUAGAGCAACACAAUUGCCUAACAUGACGUUUGCCCAAGUAGUCAACCAAGGGUUGAAAGGGGAAAAACAGUGGGAGGAGAGGAAGAAGAGAGACGCCGAGGAGGCGAAAAAGAGAAAGUGGGAGAGUCAUGGCUCCCAAGGUUCCAACAAAAAGGGGAACCAUGGAGGAGGAUCUUUCCGGGCACCACCGCCACCAUCUAGGGGGAACCAAGGCCCAAGUGGGCAAGGCUCGAGGUCACAGGCCUCAGUGGUAACCCGUUGCAACAAUUGCAAGAAGAACCACUCCGGUAAGUGUCGCGACCCCCCUAGAUGUUUCCAAUGCGGGGAUGCUGGGCAUUUGAAGGCGCAUUGCCCACAAUUGGGUGGGGCAAGGACACCGGGACCGAGCAGUGGUCCUACGGGUACACGGAAUCAAACCGGGGCUUCUCAAGCAAGCAGGGGACAAGGGGGAGCAAGUGCGAGCAACGCGCCAUCCGUGAACCAAGGAAGGACCCAGGCUAGGGUCUAUGCGAUGACGGAGGCGGACGCUCAAGCUAACCCGGACUCCGUUGCAGGUAUUGCCUCUCGUAUACUAGUGUUUUGUCCUUAAUUAGUCCAUAAAUUGAGGUUACUAGUUGUUAGGAUCAUUGCACGAAGUUUUGGGGUCGAACCGGGAAGAUUUCGGACCAUUUCGGGCUGUUUUCGCCUAGGCACGAUCGUGCCUAAGGCACGCACGAUCGUGCCUACAAGGCAGUAGCUGCCUGCGCUUUUCCCCGACCCAGACACGAUCGUGCAUAAGGCAGGCACGAUCGUGCCUCCAAGGCAGUAGCUUCCCAGGAUUUUCCCCGACCCAGGCACGAUCGUGCCUAAGGCAGGCACGAUCGUGUCUCCAAGGCAGUAGCGUCCUGGGCUUUUUCCCAAGCCAGGCACGAUCGUGCCUACCCCAGGCACGCCGUGCCUGGCACCCAGACUGCCGAAGUGCGAUUUUUUCGCACCGUUUUGCGACGUUAAGACUUUUUCUUGAUCCCUAACGUGCGUGUGAACAUUGUAACCUUCUAUAAAUGAGUAGGGAGGGUAGGAAAGAUGUCUUACAUGGUUCAUGAAUGUAGGGACACUAAAGAUUAAUGGGAAGGAUGCGUGAAUCCUUAUCGAUACCGGGGCGCAACGUUCAUUUGUGAAUGAAGCAUUCGCCAAGAGAUUGGAAGUGCAAUCCGCACCAUUGAUGCAAACCUUAGUGGUAUCAACACCACUAGGGGAUGACGUGGAAAGAACUUGUUACUAUCCAUCUUGUGGGGUGGAAGUUAAUGGUCAAACCCUGACGUGUGACUUCGUACCGCUGAGCAUGAUCGAAUUCGAUGCAAUCCUAGGGAUGGAUUGGCUAGAAAGGAACCAUGCUAGGGUAGAUUGCUACACGAAGGUUCUUGAACUCGAAGGCAAUGAUGGGGAGACCCUACGCUUCGAGGGCGAUCGAGGGAGAUCAAAUAGCUGUAUCAUAUCCGCCGUGAGAGCGAGAAGUAUGAUGAGAAAGGGAUGCCACGCAUAUCUAGCAUACGUGGUUGACAAAACCAAAGAGGAAACGAACAUCGAUGACGUGAGGGUGGUUUGUAAGUAUCUGGAUGUCUUCCCUAAAGGCCUACCGGGGCUUCCACCUGAUAGGGAGAUUGAAUUUGUGAUCGAGGUUGAGCCCAGUACCAAACCAAUCUCCAUACCGCCAUAUCGUAUGGCACCCGCUGAGCUUAACGAGUUGAAAACCCAAUUGCAAGAGCUUUUGGAUAAUGGUUUCAUUAGACCCAGCCACUCCCCGUGGGGGGCACCAGUUCUUUUUGUGAAGAAGAAAGAUGGGACACUUCGAAUGUGCAUUGACUAUCGUCAACUGAACAAGGUCACAAUCAAGAAUAGGUAUCCUCUGCCUAGGAUUGAUGACCUGUUUGAUCAACUACGAGGAGCAACCGUGUUUUCGAAGAUUGACUUGAGGUCGGGGUACCAUCAAUUGAAGAUUAAGGAAGAUGACAUACCAAAGAGUGCUUUCCGCACAAGGUAUGGGCAUUUUGAGUUCCUUGUUAUGUCGUUUGGGUUAACAAACGCCCCAGCGGCAUUCAUGGACUUGAUGAACCGAGUAUUCCAUAAAUACUUGGAUCGAUUCGUGAUUGUGUUCAUCGAUGACAUCUUGAUUUACUCAAAGAGUGAAGAAGAGCACGAGGAGCACUUGAUACUUGUUCUAGAGACACUACGGGAGAAGCAACUUUAUGCCAAAUUUUCUAAAUGUGAAUUUUGGCUAAAGGAAAUUGGCUUUCUCGGGCACGUGGUUUCGGGAUCGGGAAUUGCUGUUGAUAACAAGAAGAUAGAAGCCAUUACCGGAAGGGAGAGGCCAAAGAACGUCAAGGAAAUUCGUAGUUUCCUUGGAUUGGCAGGCUACUACAGAAAGUUCGUGGAGAAGUUCUUCGUUUUGGCAUCGCCAUUGACGAAGCUCACUCGUAAAGGAGCUAAGUUUGUAUGGGAUGACAAAUGUGAGAAAGGGUUCAUGGAACUAAAGAAGAGAUUGACUGAGGCACCGGUACUUGCAUUACCUAAACAAGGUGUGGGGUACGAUGUCUAUAGCGAUGCGAGCAUCCAAGGGCUUGGAUGUGUACUGAUGCAGAAUGGGAGGGUAAUCGCCUAUGCUUCACGACAGUUGAAGAAGCAUGAAGUGAAUUAUCCUACUCAUGAUUUGGAGCUGGGGGCAGUGGUGUUUGCACUAAAGAUAUGGAGACAUUAUCUCUACGGGGAGACAUGUCACAUAUACACUGAUCACAAGAGCUUGAAGUACGUGUUUACUCAGAAAGAGCUAACAUGAGACAGAGACGGUGGAUGGAGCUGAUAAAAGACUACCAUCUAGUGAUAGAGUAUCACCCAGGCAAGGCAAACGUGGUGGCAGAUGCUUUGAGCCGGAAGAGCUCGUCUGGGGCAUUGCUAGCUAAUUUGAGGGCAUUAAGAGCCCAACUGGAGGUAUCCAGCGAUGGUGCCUUAUUGGCACGAUUCGAAGUGAGACCGACCUUACUUGAUGAGAUCAAGAAGGGUCAAGAGACUGACGCAGAAUUUAUGAAGGUCCGGGAACGCAUGCAAGCGGGACUGGUGGAGGAUUUCAGGGAAAGAGAUGACGGUCUCUUGUUAUUUCGUGACCGAGUGUGUGUGCCGUCAGAUGAUGAGCUCCGAAAGUCCAUCUUAGAGGAGGCUCAUUCAUCGGCUUAUGCCAUGCACCCGGGGGGCACGAAAAUGUACCGUGAUUUGAAAGAAAGUUACUGGUGGUCUGGAAUGAAGAGGGAAAUAGCCGAGUACAUCAGUCGAUGCCUUACUUGUCAACAAGUUAAGGCAGAACAUCAGCAUCCAGCAGGCUUGUUACAACCACUUUCCAUUCCUGAGUGGAAGUGAGAACAUGUGACUAUGGAUUUCGUGGUAGGUUUACCACGGACAAUUCGGAACUACGAUGCAGUUUGGGUUGUUGUGGAUAGGCUCACAAAGAGUGCACACUUCUUGCCUAUCAACACUACCUACCCACUUGAGAGGUUAGCCAAAUUGUAUACGGAUGAGAUCGUGAGGCUGCAUGGGGUCCCAGUGACCAUUGUAUCCGAUAGAGACCCACGAUUCACAUCACGUUUUUGGCCGAAAUUUCAAGAGUCUAUGGGAACGAGGUUGAAGUUCAGUACUGCAUUCCAUCCACAGACGGAUGGGCAGUCUGAAAGGGUUAUACAGAUCUUAGAGGAUAUGCUGAGGGUUUGUGCGUUAGAGUUCCAAGGAAGUUGGGACAACCACUUAGCACUCGUGGAGUUUUCCUAUAACAACAGUUAUCAGGAAAGUAUCGGCAUGCCUCCAUAUGAAGCAUUGUAUGGGAGGAGGUGUCGUACACCGUUAUGCUGGGACGAGGUUGGCAUGGCCAAACUCGAGGGUACUGAGUUGGUUGAGAUCACCAAGUCAAAGGUGAAGUUGAUUCGAGAGAGACUCAAAGCGGCUCAGGAUAGACAAAAGAGUUAUGCGGAUAAGCGUCGAAGAACCUUAGAGUUUAAGGUUGAUGACGAGGUAUUCUUGAAAGUUUCUCCUUGGAAAGGAAUCAUUCGAUUCCAAACCCGAGGGAAGCUUAACCCACGAUACAUAGGUCCAUUCAGAAUUAUAGAGAGGAUUGGGGCCGUUGCAUAUCGUCUACAGUUGACUCCUGAAUUAGAGAAGAUACAUAAUGUGUUUCAUGUAUCCAUGCUUAAGAAGUAUGUACAUGAUCCCUCCCACGUAUUGGAAAAGCCGCCUGUAGAGGUACGUGAGGAUCUGAACUACGCUGUGCAACCAAUCAAGGUCACCGAUAGAAAGGUGAAGAAACUGAGGAGCAAAGAAGUCCCAAUGGUUAAAGUACUUUGGAAGAGCGAUCGGGUCGAAGAAGAGACUUGGGAAACAGAGGCUUUGAUGAGGAAGCAGUAUGCUUUCCUAUUCGAGUAGAGCUGUGAAUUUCGGGGACGAAAUUCCUGUUAAGGGGGGGUGAACUUGUGACAUCGCACCCGAACGUCCUUGAAAAUUCAACUUAAAUUCAAAUUUAUGUAUUGAAUUUCCGAUCUCCAAACAAUUGUAAACGAUUAAUGUUCUACGUAGUGCAUGGUUAAAUAGCGUACUGUUCAAACUCGUACAUUACUUAUUCGGGACUUAUUAAUAAAUAAAAGAGCCCAACAUUAUCCAAAUAGUGAUACAUAGUCUUUCAAGACAAUUUGAGGAAGGUCGGGCGGCCCAAACAUUAUUUUGGGCCCAACCUGCUAAAAAUAGCAAGUAUUCGGGAAUGGCGUUCUAGACCCACUCGGGAGUGACCCACACGGCUAGUAGCCCAAUAAUAUGCAUGACAAAUGUCAAAUAAGUGAUAGAAUGACUAAAGAAGAAUACAAAUGCCUAUAACCAAAUCUUUGGCAUUAUUGAGCUAAAUAAUGGGAGUAGGAUUUUCCUUCUAUAAUAUCCACCAAGUAAAUUAUUGAGAUGAGCCUACACAUAUUGGAGAUCAAUAAUGUGAUUUAGGAAGUUGACUUGUUCUAAAUAAAUUAGGAUGAGUACAAAAAGACAUCUUUGACAAAAGAUAAAACAAUAGGACCCAUCUUCCUAUUUUUGGAAGUAUUGGUGGAUAUUUUGGACCCCAAGAUGAAUGGGAUAAAUUGGGAACCAUUCCACAUGGACUUAGUACCUGCAAAACAAAUGAAAAGAGGUGAGAAGACUAUAUGGGGUGGACUCUUGGCUCACAUGCACAAAAACUCCAAGAGAAAACAAAAGGGGGAGGUCCACCCCAUAUUUGAUUGCAAACCAAAUAUCUCCCAUGUUCUUUUGUGAGCCACAUACUCUUUUAGCAUGUUUAGGGUCUCCUAAUACACUCCCCCUACACCCCAUUCGAACCCCCAAAGAGAUAAGAGAGCAAGGGAAUCCACACAACCCAAGAGAGAAGGAAGGAGGAGAGCAGUCCGCAGGUUCGUUCUCCAGUGCGUAGCUCUGAUUGUUUGAGCCAUAACUUGAGAUUUACUCAUCCAAAUAAGGCGUGCGAGAUACCAACAGAAAGCUCUCAAGACGAGGAAUCCGUGAAGGUCUGGUUUGCAUCAAUCGGAGUAGUGGAAGGCUUCCAAAUCGACCGAGAAAAACACGACCUCGCAGGAUACGUUUUUUGUAUUCAAAGUUAGGGAACGAUUUCAUCGGGAAACACCCGUUCUAGGGACUGUUUUUGUGUCUUCGGUUAGGAGUUGAACUAGCACUUUGAAGAGGCUGUUUAACACUCAAUUCCAAGCAAGGAAUCAGUUCUCAAUCUUCCUUGGCCGGGGCUUUGGUCAUUGGAUCGAGAAGGAAAGUCUUAAAGCUCAUUUGAGGUUGAGGCUAGAGCUUGCAUCCUGUGCUCGUUGAUCGAGUGAUCCCUCAGAGAGAAGACUUGGUUCGUGCUUCCUCCAUUCUAUUUGAAACAUUAAUGAAUUUGCUCAUGGACAUUUUACUAUAGAGCCUGCGUGCUCAUGAAUAGCCCUGUGUGGCUCUUUUGUUUUAAACAAUGUUUUCCGCUGCGUUAUGAAUUACUUAUUAUGUUUGUUUAUUAAUGUUAUAUGUGUGAAUGAUAUUCAUGACGCCUUGUAUAAUAUGAAUGUGUUGGACUGCGGUUGACUAUUCGUAUUGUACGGCGGGUUGUUGACGUGUCCGGGUAGGUCCGGGGCGUGACAUUUCCAAUGUAUGACGAUAAC